UAGAUGAUUUUUCAUCAGAUAACAGAGUAACCUCUGUGAUCUGUGGUUGCUGUCAAUUUAACCUCAAAAUCUGCACUGACGAACAACAACAAAUGUUGUAAGAUUGUUUGUAUAAUUUGAUAAUUAAGCCAUUAAACAAUGGCUGCAGUGUUGAAGAAGCGCGCCUUGGCCGAAUACAGCCAGACCGUCACUCAGGACGCGGCUCAUUUGCCCACCAAACGUCUGAAAUUGGUAAAGAAGCCCCUGCCUGGAGCUCCCAGCUCCCUUAUAACAGUCGUCAACGCUUUAGAUGAGUGCAAGACCAGUGACGAGUUUUUGCUGCUUUUACUCAGCAUUUCUGACUCAAUGCAAGUGGGAUCUGCAGGAGUAAUUGAGGUUCUAAAGAAACUAGUUGAACAUUUCAAGAAUGAGGCAGAGUCAGCAGUGAGGGUGAAAAUUUUAAUGCUAUUGACUGACAUAGGGCUACAAAAUGUAUCUGAAUGUGUCAUCCUUGCUGAGGAAAUAAUAAACUUGAUUAAGAAUGAUACUUCCCAUAAAGUGCUGGCGCAGGGAAUGAAUGCCAUUCUGAAGCUGGGCAUGCUGGUGCCUGAGAGUGCGACCAGCUAUCACCAAAAACUAGUUGAUGUUGCCAAGAACUACUUAAAGGACUCCCACCAUGCAGUAAAGUGCAAGUGCUUGGAAAUAAUAGGCACACACGUGCCUUUAUGUUCUGGUAAUGAUUCGGACAAGCUCUUCCAUCUUAUCAGCUCCUACUUCAACAAUCAGGACGCCAGAUUGAGAAGUCAGGCUUUCAGCACAGUGAUCUUGCUCUACGAGAGGGGUUUUAAAGUGAACCCCAACAUUUAUGUGUUUGUGUCUGAUGCCCUCAAAGACGACUAUGAAAUUGUGCGCAGUGUUGCUUUGAAGCUGAUUUGGAUCUUAGGCAAUGCGUACCCAGAUAACGAAAUUUUGGUGCCAGGAAGUGUGCAUGAGAUCCGCCUGAUUGACGACGCUUUUGGAAAAAUCUGCAAUGGCGUCACCGACUUGUCCAUGCAGGUCCGAACUCUUGCAUGCGAGUUGCUUGGUACUAUGAAGCAGAUCAGCCCCAAAUUCCUCACUCAAACGUUGGACAAAAAGCUCAUGUCUAAUAUGAGACGCAAGAGGACAGCCCAUGAGCUGGCAUGGGAAAACGUGACCAGUGGCGAAUGGGCGAGUGGAAAGAAAUGGGCGGACGACGCCCCCAAAGAGCUGCUAAAAGCCGAUAGCAUCAGCUUGAUGAGCAGUGGCGCUUGUGGUGCUUUUGUGCAUGGACUGGAAGAUGAAUUUUUAGAAGUCCGAUCAGCAGCAGUAAAGUCGCUGUGUCAGCUCUCGAUCAGUAACCCCCAUUUUGCCAAUAUGGCCCUCGACUUUAUGGUCGAUAUGUUCAAUGAUGAGAUCGAAGACGUGCGCUUAAAAGCCAUAGACAGUUUGCGGGAGAUUUCCGCGCACAUUAUUCUGCGAGAUGAUCAGCUGGAGACCAUUCUGGGAGCGCUGGAAGACUUUUCGCAGGAGGUGAGGGAAGGGCUGCACCGCAUGUUGGCCACCUGCAAAAUGUCCACGAUGGGCGGCUUGAAGAUGUGCGUGGAAAAGCUUCUGGAUAAUCUCAAGCGCUACCCGCAAGAUAAACGAUCAACAUAUAGGUGUUUACAGAGUAUAGGACGCAAGCAUCCGGAGCUGGUGGUGCCGUUGGUGCCCCACUUUUUGAGUAUCCACCCGUUUUGCGAUAUGGCUGAGCCAGAUGUAGAAAAUCCGCACUACAUUUGCCAUUUGAUUCUUAUUCUCAAUGCGGCUGAGAACUCUGGAACGAUCAUCUCCUUGCUGGAACCUCAUACGUUACGCCACUACGCCUACCUGAGGGAUACCAUGCCUCAAUUCGUGCCCGUUCUAAGCCUCUCAGAAACCACGGGUACGUCGAUAUCGAGGCAAAUGUCUGUGGAUGAGAGCUUGGCCUAUUUGAACAACGUUAUUUCGAAUCUGGAUGUGGCGGAAACGAUGACCAGCAUUCACAUAUCGCUGCUGGAAAUGGCCAAAGAGCAACUGAACCGAUUAAGUGAAAUUGAUGAAUCUGUAUCGGGCACCGCGCAGUUUACUGCACUGUAUAUCGGGGCUCAGCUGCAGAUUUUACAAAUUUUGGACCGGGGAUUUUGGGUAAAUCCUGCCACGUUGGCCACCCAACAGCAAAACACGCUCAAGACCAAUAUUCAGAUUCUCUUGGAAUAUUGCCUGAAGUUGCAGUUUUUUUUUGUUGGGUUGAACGCCGAAGAACAGUGCGCCGUCAAACAGUUCCGACUCAGAGCUUUGGCUCUGAAUUUAGUCUAUAUUGUUAAAGGUAGUAAUUCGUCCGCGUUGGCACCGUGCCAUCACUUCCUCACUGCUGUAGAGGAAAUGCAGAAGGAUCUUUCGCAGAACAACAUCCAACCAGAUGGGUUCACAUCGUUGGUAUUUCGAGAUUUGUCCCAGAUCGAGGAACCAAAGCCGGGCGCAGUGUCGCGCAUUUUAACGCCGAUUUUGCUCAGCCCAAAAAUUGCCAGCAUUCCCCGUCCCAAUAUUAAC